UGUGUGUGUGUGUGUGUGCAUUGGCAUACCAACAGGGCCUCCUUCUUUUUGGCAAUGGACGAGACGGAGGGAAAAGCCAUCCUGUCCAUGGACGCUUUUGAGCACCACAAGGAAAAUGUGGUCCCCGUCAAAGCAGGGCGCAGCGCCGCAGUCCUCGCCAACAUGCUCAACAAGGGCGACAUUGAACACCAGAGAGCCGCCCUCGAAGCAGACCUCCUCGUCGCUUGCACACUCGACCCGCUCGAUCCCUACCACCGCUACCUCAAAUUCCUAGAACAACAUUAUCCCAGUGGCCACCCAGACUUUGGCCUCGUCCUCGAAGCAACCGUCAGGAAAUUCAAACGCGACGAGCGCUACAAGAACGAUCCAAGAUACCUAUGGAUGUGGCUGCGCGUCGCUCGUCAGGCUCAAGACCCCGUUCAAGUCUUCAAGUACCUCAGCGUCAAUGAAAUUGGUGGAGAACUCGCCGCGUAUUACGAAGAAUACGCGCAGCUCAUGGUCGCCAUGAAACGAUUUGACGAGGCCGGCGAAAUCCUUUUAUUGGGCAUCCAUAGGAGUGCUCGCCCUCUCGAGCGAUUAAAGGCCCGUUACGAGGGAUUCAAAAACCUACCUCGUCCGAUCGUAGAACCAGAACAGGAACCUGUCCCGCCCGUAUCUACCUCGACUCGUCCCGUGUUGGCCGCUCGGCGCGGUGGGACGACAGCUCUCUCGGCACCCUCACAAACAUCCAAAUCCACCACCAGCACGCUUCAGGUAUACCGCGAUAGUGAAGGUCAACACCAAGCCCUCUCUGAACGCGUCAUGCCAACAAGUACCCAAGCGAAUCCGUGGCCAGACUACGGAACAUCCAUGUCACAACGGAAAGAAAACGUUCGAGAACCUACUCGCUGGACAGGUGCCAUCUUGCCACAGAAAAAGGCGAGGCAGGUUCCGACCCGAAGUAAGAUUGAAGUGUAUCAAGAUGAGCCAUCGGAAUCGGAUAUCCCACCAGUGGGACCUGUAGAAAGAGUGCUGCGACCCAAAGAUGUCAAGGCUUCAGGAGAGCCAUCAACAGCAUCCGUGCUCAUGGCAAUGGACCGCUCACCGCCGAAAAGAGACACAAUAUCCGCCAGUGAGCGAGAAAAGACCCACCCUACCGCAAAGGAUGCAAAUACCACACGCGACAUCAAGAUUGUUGCCAUGGUGGAUGAAAAAGACCAGGACGGCUGCCCACUCUCAUUUGAAGAGCGUCGAGCACGGAAAUACGGCAACUUUUCAUCACCACAGCCCACCCGUACACGUGAACCCGAGAACCAGGAGAACGUCCCUCUUGCACCCACACAGCCCUCUACCAAAGUCAAGUCCUGUCCGUCACCCACCAUCAACACCAAAGCCGCCCUUGCGGACGUUUUUGAAAUGUUUAACAAGCCGCUCCAAUCUGAAGCCGUUGCACCCGUUGGGGGGCCGUCAGAAGCAGAUUUGUAUGUGGAAGAUGAUGAGACGAUCAGUGCUCAAGUGUACAAGAGGACACAUGCGUCGAUUGGUGUUUUUGUGGACCAAGUGGAGGAGCCGAGGGAAACCUCAACACAGAAACAAGAAGAUGACAAUCCCUUCUUGGAGGAUCGGUCUGGGAUGACACGGUCACGCGGGAUACGUCCCAAAGGCUCAAAUGUUGACGAGGUCAAGCACGGCAGAGACGACAGCCGAACCGGACCCCUCAGCGAGGAGCCUUGUCAAUCCAUCCUUCCACCUUCAGACUUGCGUGGCUCUCGAUUGGGCAUGCCCUCGGCGCAUUCCACACCCUACCACGGCCGCUACACGGACGAAAACCAACCCACCACUGGAGACACACAUGACACUCAACCCACGCACCCAGACCGUCCCUACCGCUUCAGCAUGCGCGGCCUCGACCUCAUGACACCCAUCACAGAAGUGAGUCAUGAAUGCGACCGCACCCUCCUUAGCACCAUUGGACGCACGGGUGACGAUGGCCACACGGUCAUGACGCUCGCGACUUUUGGCGACCGAACCCUCAGUAGCAUCAGUUAUGACUCUCAGCAUACCGACCACGACGACGUUCCCUCUGAUUUCGCAGGACAGCCUAUUGUGCUUUCACGACAGGACGUGGGGAUCGGACGAUCCGUUCCAAAGAACCAUGAUAUCGAUACACUUGUGGAAGAUCUCAGUGGGGUCCGGAUUGCCAGCAGUGACGAUGAACACGUCUUGUCGGAUACUCUACCAUCCGUUACAAUCCCCCUCCAGGUACCUAACCCCUGCGACCCUUUUGAUCCAUCCAUUACAGCCCUUAUCGCCGCUCACCUCCGAACACAAACCUGGCCUCGUCUCCAUAUCCACGCGACACCGACACCUCUCGCCCACCUCGAAACGAGUAAAACAGAACCAGACCUUUCAGAAAUCGGUCCAUACACCCUUGUUUCCAAAUUGGGACAAGGCGGUUUUGGCCGAGUGUAUUUAAUCGAACAUGACACGGAUCCAUUAUCUGACCAAGAAGACGAUGCGAGACUUUAUGCCCUUAAACAUCAUUUUGUACCUACACCCUGGGAAUACCUCUCCCUCCUCACCCUCCACACUCGUAUCGACCCCACCCUCCGCUCCUCCAUCAUCCACCCCCACUCUUGCCACGUAUUCCCUAACGCGAGUUUCAUGGUCCUUGAUUAUUUCAAUGGGACAUUAUUGGAUGUCGUCAAUUGUGCUCCUGUGUAUGGGUACGGCACUAAAGGCCUUGACGAGAUCCUUGCCGCGUUUUUCGGGGUCCGGGUGUUACGACUUGUACUUGGUAUCCAUUCCGCAGGCUUUAUUCACCGUGAUAUCAAAAUGGACAAUUUCCUAGUCCGACUUGAUGAGUCUCCCGAAUGGGAUGCUAUUUAUGGUGGGCCUGGAUGGGACGCCAAGGGCAUUGUAUUGGUGGAUUGGGGAACGAGUGUGGAUACCCAAUUAUUUCAACCGCAUCAACGAUUUAAAUGUGAUUUAGAUUCUCUUGAUCCGAGUUUUGAGGCACCUAGUUUGAAUCGGGAUUGGAAAUUUGAUGUGGAUUGGUAUGGUGUUGCUGGUGUCCUCCAUGUACUUUUAUUUGGACAGUACAUGCAAGUCACCACCACGAGUGAUUCCAUUCAAUUAAGGGAACCCAUCAAGAGGUAUUGGUGUCCCAUUUGGAAUCGGUUGUUUCAUUCCUUGUUGAAUUCGGGAGAGGAUUGUGCUGGGGAGGUUCAAGAGUGUUGGGAUGCUUUGGAGGCGUAUCUGGUCAAGAAUUCCAAGAGUAGGAAUUUGAGGGGGUUGGUUAAGAGGGUUGGGACCGCUCUUGCGGAACGGAAAAUAUAAUAGAUUAUGUUUUUUUUUUUAAAAAAAUUGUUGGUUGGGUGUUAUGAU